GAAGAUGACUGCAAUCAAGCAUGCUUUACAGAGGGAUAUUUUCACUCCCAAUGAUGAACGUUUGUUGAGCAUUGUCAAUGUAUGCAAAGCAGGCAAAAAGAAGAGAAACUGCUUUUUGUGUGCCACAGUGACAACGGAACGACCUGUGCAAGUAAAUGUGGUAAAAGUGAAAAAAUCUGACAAAGGAGAUUUCUACAAAAGGCAGACUGCAUGGGCACUUCGGGAUCUUGCUGUUGUUGAUGCCAAAGAUGCUGUUAAAGAGAAUCCUGAAUUUGACUUGCAUUUUGACAAAGUAUACAAAUGGGUUGCAAGUAGCACAGUGGAAAAGAACACCUUCAUUUCAUGUAUCUGGAAACUCAAUCAGAGAUAUCUUAGAAAGAAAAUCGACUUCAUUAAUGUUAGUUCACAGCUUUUGGAAGAAUCUGUUCCAAGUGGAGAGAACCAAAGUGUAGCAGGAGGUGAUGAAGAAGCUGUGGAUGAAUACCAGGAGUUAAAUGCAAGAGAGGAACAGGAUAUUGAAAUAAUGAUGGAAGGGUGUGAAUGUGCUAUUUCUAAUGCUGAAGCCUUUGCAGAGAAGUUGUCACGAGAGCUACAAGUACUAGAUGGGGCAAAUAUCCAGUCAAUUAUGGCCUCAGAGAAACAGGUGAAUAUCUUGAUGAAAUUGCUGGAUGAAGCUCUAAAGGAAGUUGACCAAAUCGAGCUAAAGCUGAGCAGUUAUGAAGAAAUGCUUCAGAGUGUAAAAGAGCAAAUGGACCAAAUAUCAGAAAGUAACCACCUAAUUCAUCUCAGCAACACAAAUAAUGUGAAGCUGCUAUCAGAGAUAGAGUUCUUAGUGAAUCACAUGGAUUUGGCUAAAGGUCAUAUAAAAGCCCUUCAGGAGGGAGACCUGACAUCUUCUCGAGGCAUUGAGGCCUGCACUAAUGCAGCAGAUGCCCUUCUGCAGUGCAUGAAUGUAGCUCUUCGUCCAGGACAUGACAUGCUUCAUGCAGUGAAACAGCAACAGCAGCGGUUUAGUGACUUGCGUGAGCAAUUUGCACGGAGGCUUGGUCACGAUCAGAGCUCUACUCUUGCCCAGCAUUCUGUUGAAUUGACAUUACCCAAUCACCAUCCAUUUCACAGAGAUUUACUUCGGUAUGCUAAGCUGAUGGAGUGGCUCAAGAACACAGAUUAUGGAAAAUAUGAAGGGCUAACUAAGAAUUAUAUGGAUUAUUUAUCACGACUAUAUGAAAGGGAAAUAAAAGAUUUCUUUGAAGUUGUCAAGAUCAAGAUGACAGGCACAACCAGAGAGGGAAAAAAGUUUGCUACACUGCCUCGAAAAGAAAGUGCUGUCAAACAGGAAACUGAGAGUCUUCAUGGAAGUUCUGGAAAACUGACCGGUUCUACUUCUAGCCUAAACAAACUCUCUGUUCAGAGUUCAGGAAACCGUAGGUCUCAGUCAUCCUCACUGUUGGAUAUGGGAAACAUGUCUGCCUCUGACCUUGAUGUGGCUGAUAGAACAAAAUUUGAUAAGAUUUUCGAGCAAGUAUUAAGUGAACUAGAGCCUCUGUGUCUGGCAGAACAGGACUUCAUUAGUAAGUUUUUCAAACUACAGCAACAUCAGAGCAUCUCAGGAUCAGCAACGAAUGAGGCGGAGGAAAUGGAUGGAGGAACUUUGUCUCGUUCAUAUACCUCUGGUGUUCCACAAACAGUCUCAUCUGAGAAGGACAUGAUUCGACAAAUGAUGACAAAAAUAUUUCGUUGCAUUGAACCUGAGCUGAAUAAUCUCAUAGCACUGGGAGACAAGAUUGAUAGCUUUAAUUCCCUUUACAUGUUAGUUAAGAUGAGUCAUCAUGUGUGGACGGCACAAAAUGUGGACCCAGCUUCCUUUCUCAGCACUACCCUUGGAAAUGUUUUGGUGACUGUCAAAAGGAACUUUGAUAAAUGCAUUAGUAAUCAAAUGAAGCAGAUGGAUGAAGUAAAAAUCUCAAAGAAGAGUAAAGUUGGGAUCCUUCCAUUUGUUGCUGAAUUUGAAGAGUUUGCAGCCCUUGCUGAAUCAAUUUUCAAAAAUGCAGAACGACGAGGAGAUCUAGAUAAAGCCUACAUAAAACUUAUUAGAGCUGUUUUUGUCAGUGUUGAGAAAGUAGCUAAUGAAAGCCAGAAAACACCCAGAGAUGUGGUCAUGAUGGAGAACUUCCAUCAUAUUUUUGCAACGCUUUCUCGCUUGAAAAUUUCUUGUCUUGAAGCUGAGAAAAAAGAAGCCAAACAGAAGUACACCGAUCAUCUUCAGUCUUAUGUAAUCUACUCACUCGGACAGCCUCUUGAAAAAUUAAAUCAUUUUUUUGAGGGUGUUGAAGCUCGUGUGGCACAAGGUAUACGAGAGGAGGAAGUGAGCUAUCAGCUGGCUUUUAAUAAACAAGAGCUCCGUAAAGUGAUAAAGGAAUAUCCUGGCAAAGAAGUGAAGAAGGGCUUGGAUAAUCUGUACAAGAAGGUCGAUAAACAUCUCUGUGAAGAAGAAAACUUACUUCAGGUUGUGUGGCAUUCCAUGCAAGAUGAGUUUAUACGACAGUACAAGCACUUUGAAGGGCUGAUAGCUCGCUGCUAUCCUGGAUCAGGAAUUACUAUGGAAUUCACUAUACAGGAUAUAUUAGACUACUGCUCCAGUAUUGCACAGUCUCAUUAAGUUCUAGAAAGAAAAACAGAGGCCAGAAAAGUUUGUACCUGUAUAUAAGGGAAUCAAACACUAUAAAUGCUACUUGUUUUUAAAGGUGGAUUUCUGUGUGUCUGUGUAGGUAACUGCUGCGUGUGUCAAGUCACACUCCUGCUUCAAAUGUCUUUCAGGGCAGCACAAAACCUUCAGGGAUUU